AGGCCUGGUGGGUGUGGCCUAACUCAGUUUAAAGCAGUGUUAGUGUUAGUUGAGUGGAGUCAGUGUGAAGUGGUGACAUGUUGCUGAGGAGCGUCUGGAUUCUGCUGCCAGGCUUCACUGCUGCUGCUGCUGCUGCUGCAGUGUUUGUCCAGAAGCACGAGGCGAAUGGUGUGCUGCAGAGAUGGCGGCGAGCCAACAGUGGCUUCCUGGAGGAGCUGAAACAAGGAAACCUGGAGAGGGAAUGUAUCGAGGAGAUAUGUGACUAUGAGGAGGCGCGAGAAGUUUUCGAAGAUGACACCCGGACGAGGCAGUUCUGGCUGACGUACGACCGUCGCGACCCCUGCCUGAUCAACCCGUGUCGUAACAACGGCUCAUGUGUCCACAUGGGGACGUCCUAUGAAUGUCACUGUCCCGAAGGGUUUGAAGGACAACACUGUCAAACAGUGAUAGAAGACAUCCUGAAGUGUCUCUACCAGAACGGACACUGUCAACAUUUCUGUGACGGCUCAGGACAAAGACGGAAAUGUUUCUGUGCUGACGGAUACAAACUGGGAGAAGACGGGCGGCAGUGUGUUGCUCAGGUGGAGUAUCCGUGUGGUCGGCUGCCUCCACAAGAAACAGGCCUGAACCAGACUGUGGUGGAUCAGACCAGACUGGUGGGGUCCAACCACUGUCCCAAAGGAGACUGUCCCUGGCAGGUUCUGGUUCGGUUAAAAGGAAACAGUCACUGUGGCGGAGCUCUGAUCAGUCCAAACUGGGUCGUCACCGCUGCCCACUGUAUCCAUGGCAACAACCCUCAAAGCCUCACUGUGGUGGCAGGGGAACACAAUUUGGACGUGGAAGAAGGCACCGAGCAGAUCAUACCUGUUUCCAUGGCGAUCUCCCAUGACGGCUAUGUACCGGCUACGGGUGACAGUGAUGUCGCCUUGUUGCAGCUGAGUCGUCCUGUCACUCUGAACCGCCACGCCAUCCCUGUCUGCCUGCCCACCAGAGACUUCGCUCAGCAGGAGCUCCUCCCAGUCCGCUACCACACCGUGUCAGGCUGGGGCAAGAGGACCAGCGGGGGCAACGCUGACAUCUCCGGGGCCACGCCUGCUGUCCCGGUCUCCCCUGUCCUCCGUAGGAUGUCCGUCCCCAUCGUCCAGAACUCCCAGUGCUCCCAGAGAGCCCAGUUCAACUUCACUGACAACAUGCUGUGUGCCGGAUACCUGGAGGGUCGUCAGGAGAGCUGCCGUGGCGAUGACGGGAGCCCGCUGGUCACACCCUACGGCUCCACACACUUCCUGAUGGGCGUGGUCGGUUGGGGCCGGGGUUGUUCACACCCGGGGUAUUAUGGGGUGUACGCCAACAUGGCCAACUUUGUGGACUGGGUGGAGGGCAUCAUGAAAGACCCGCCCACGAUGAUGACGAUGGAGAAAGCUUUUGAGAUGCUGGAACAGAAACUGGUUUAAAAAUUUGAUUUAAUUCUUCAAAUCAUCAAAAGUUUUAUUUCCCCUAAAAUCAUUAAUCCGUGAUAUCGACAUGCUGAAUUCAACUUCACACAGAAUAAACUCUGUUCAUACAUUA